UAUUUGACGAGCGUUCAUAUUUGCUUGAUGAUAUUCGCAAUCGAUUAUACGAUCCAACUUUUUACAUUAUCGUUAAGAUUAUAUAUGAUUUACCUAUGGGAGUGAUGUGCAACACGUUAUAUACCUUACCUGCCUAUAUACUAAGUGGACUUCCACCUGAUGUAGCUCUAUUAAGUAAUGCGGUAGUGCUUUCCGGUUUUCUGAUUCAUCCAGAUAAUUUUCCCGCAGCGAUCAAAUUGCUAUAUCAUUAUAACCCGACAAAAUUGGCUGGUGGAUUGUUGGCUGAGAACGAAUUUCUUCGUCGAACCGCAUUUACUACUUGGUUUUUUGGAAUGUUAAUUGGCAAUUCAACCGAUAGUAGCAAUAUUACGGAAUUGUUAAUUGGUUGCGAGAGGAGACAAAUGUCCAUCUACACUGCUUCACACUGUCCCAAAAUUCGUGGAUCGCAAGCUCUGUACUUCUCGGGUUUAUCAUCAGCUACCUUUGCAUCAUCCGAUGAACAACUCCGAGAGGCUCUUCAUGUUUAUAUAAUUUGGUUUCUCGCUGUCUUCACAACACUUUUAUUUGUCGUACGUUGUAAUCAUAAAGGAUGCGGCAAAUCCAAAUACAAUUUAUUUUAUUCUUGA